GGUAGUUUUCCGAAGAACAUUUCUCAGAAUCAUCAUAAACACGACUGACGACUGUGUCCGACAGGUGCCAAACGAAAUACGUAUAGUUCAAUAGGUGCACAUAACAUGAGCCAUCCGAUAAGACUGCACUGACUACCAUUACUGAAACAUCAUCGAUUAUAAGACUGACGGAAAAGCAAUUUGUACAAAUACAAUGGUCGUCUGUUUUAUUUGUGAUAACAAAAUUUACGGUGAACGUACACGGGUAUGUUCAAGCAUUACACCACAUUGUAAUAUACCAUACCCAGAAAAAAUUGCUCAGCUCAUGGGAGAUGAAGUUGUGGUUAUUGUAACCCCUGCGGAUCACAUGUGCAAGAACUGUACCUCACUUUUGACUCAUAUGGACAAGUUGGAAAAUGAUCUGAAACUUGUUAAAAACGCAAUGUUGUCAUAUAUACAAAAGAAAUAUGGAAUAUUGGCUCCUGAUCAAAUUGUCAAUGGACAAAUAAAUGCAGAGGAACAACAAGAAAAAGAUGAUCAUAAAGUACCUAGUGGUCUGACAGUAGGAGUUUUUCCUACUGUUACUACUGCUGCCGUAGUAACUCCGGUCCAUACUCCAUUUAAAUUGUUAAAAACACAACAGCAGCAGCAGCAACAACAACAACGAUACCAACCACAACAACAACACCAUCAACAACAAUCACCAACACAACAAGAUAGCACUAAUAAAAUGAAAAUUUACAAGUGCAGCGUUUGUACAUUCCAAUCGAAAGAGCUUAGUCAUGUUCGAUUCCACAUGCGCACUCAUACGAACAAAAUGGAGCCUGUAAAACCUAUUUUUAAUCAGUCAGCGGUCAAAGCAUUAACUCCGGUACCGCAACAGAAGAAACAAAUGUACAGAUGCCAAGUAUGUUCUAAAUCCUUUGAUAGUCGAAUUGAUUGCCUUGAUCACAUUCAUAAAGACCAUACUCAGCCAACUCCAUCAACCUCCAAUGGAGUAAGAAAAAUGGAAGAUUCUCGUCCGGUUAUAAUCAGAAUUAUGAAACCGCAACCAUCUAAGACUCAAGAAAUUAAAGCGGAGUCUCCUAUGGUGGUAGACAAAGAUCAACAGGAUAACAAUAAAGGCACUGUUGACACGGAUAUGAUGUUGAAUGGCAAUGUCCACACUAAAGGAUCUGCAAAUGUUAAACAAGAAGAAGGAACUGAAAAUACAGGCGAAGGAGAGGGAACUGAAAACUCUCAGGAAGAUAAGACUGUAAAAGAAGUCAAAUUGAAAAUAAAACCUGAGCCUGCACAAGAAGAAGCCACCGAAGAAGAAAAUGAUGAAGAAGAUACAGUCUUGCCUGAUCAGGAAGAAGCUGAUCAAGAAACUCCAGACAGUGUUGAGAAAGAAGUUGAUAAAGACAAUGCAAAUGUGGAAAACAAAAUGGGAGACUUGAACAUAGAAUCAAUUUCAGCCGUAAUUCAUAAUAAUAACCCUACUGACAGAGAGGAUACACGAAACAAAGAUUAAGAUAAUUUAUACAACUUCUUUAAAGUUAGUAAUCAAUUUAAUAUUAAAAAG